AUGGGUAACCGAAGCAUCCCCUCUCUGUUCAAGGAGCAACUUGGCAAGGUGCCGCCGUUGGAGAAGUACGACUUGACAGGCAAAGUCGUUUUGGUGGUUGGUGCCAAUACUGGGCUGGGAUGGGAGGCAGCAAGACAUUUCGCGACCAUGAAUCCCGCACGUUUGUUGCUUGCGUGUCGAAGCAAGGAAAGGGGCACUGCCGCUAUAGAAAGAAUCAAGGAGGUUACUGGCUUCGAACGUGCCGAGCUAUUGCUUGUUGAUCUGAGUAGCUUUGAUUCGGUCAAGGCAUUUGCAGACCGAUUUGAGCAGGAGGUCGAACGAUUGGAUAUCCUCGUUAAUAAUGCCGCUGUGUCCCUUCCCCGGUAUGAGGACACUGAAGACGGCUGGGAGCAAAAUCUUCAGGUCAAUUAUAUCUCUCCUACGCUACUCCUUUUGCGCCUGCUCCCGAAGUUGGUGAAGACAGCAGAGGCAUUCAAGACCACUCCGAGGGUGACCAUCGUCGCUAGCGGUAUGCACCAGUUCGGAGAAAUACCGAAAGGCGUCUUUGGCCAAUCGUCUGUACUUUCCGCGUUGUCGGGCAAAGAGAAAUAUACUCCCCUGGACGCUAACGCGCGUUAUUGUUUAACAAAACUUCUAAACGUUUUGAGCACGCUAUCCUUCAACGAUCAUGUAUCCCCCUCCAUCGCUGUCAAUAGUGUCGAUCCUGGGUUCUGCUAUUCCGAGUUACGCCGUGACCUGCCGUUUGGGAUUCGUAUGGUGACACAAUUCUUCGAAAAGAUCGUUGCGCGUACCGCAGAGGAGGGUUCACGUCAACUCGUCUGGGCCGCAUUAGCGAAAUCCUCUGAGGAAGAGUUGAUGAAGGGGGCAUACGUUACAUCGAUGGAAGUCAGGGAACCCAGUGAUUUUGUCGUUGGCAAGAAAGGCAAAGACUUCAGAGAGGAACUUUUCACGGAUACGCUUAAUAUUCUGUCGGCCGUUGAUCCAAAAGUCAAACCCAUCCGUGAUCAGUAUUUACAUUGA